CCCGACGGCGACAAACAUUCAGCGGCGACGCGAUCGGACGAGGUGGCGGUCGCCGGGUUCGCUGCCCUUCUUAUUUUUGUUGUUUGGUAGAAAAAUCAGAAAAAAUUCCAUUGAAAAAUUGUGUUUGUUAGUACAACGAGACGCCAGAGAUGCCGUCGGACGUGGAGGAAACGGAGUACAGAGAGGAGGAGGAGGAACAAGGGGAAGGGGAAGAAGAAGAACAAGAUCAAGGUGAUUCAAAUGAAGAAGAACAAGAUGAAGAGUGGGGUGGAGGAAAGCGGAAACGAAAGAAAAGUAAAAAGAGAAAGUCCUCCCGUGGUGAUCGUGGCCGGAAAAAACGAAAGAAGAAGGACGAGAGUGAGAGUGAAGGUGAAUAUGAAGAAGAGGGUGGCCGUGUUGACUCAGACAAUCAGGAAGAGACCCCAAAAGGAAGGGGUCGUGGAAAGGGACGUGGGAGGCCUCCUGCAACUCCCACAGCAACUGUACCAGAAUCAAAUGAUUUCACAGGUGGAGGAGAUCAGAUGCCAACUGUUGCUGAGGUGUGUGAAAGCUUUGGGCUGAAUGAUGUCGAAUUGGAGUACACUGACUCAGAUUUUCAGAACCUUACAACUUACAAGCUGUUCCAGCAACAUGUGCGUCCACUUUUGGCUAAGGAAAAUCCAAGGGUACCAGUGUCUAAGUUGAUGAUGUUAGUAGCUGCAAAGUGGCGUGAAUUCACGGCUCGCAAUCAGCAGCAGGAAGAGGAGGAGGAAGAUGAAAUUGUAGAAGAGGAGGAAGAAGAGGAACCAGAACCAGCACCGGUACAACAGAUAACACCCAAGGGUCGGGGACGCCCUAGAAAAGCCAAGGUUGAUGAAGAAGUAGAGGAAGACUUUGAUGAUGAUAGUGAGGGUGUUGGUAAGAAGAAACGUGGCCGAAAACGCACUGCUACAGCAGAAGGAAAAAGCAAAAAGGGUGGCAAAGUUCCAACUUUGAAGAUUAAGUUAGGGAAGAGGAAGAAGGACACCUCGGUGAGUCUGGUGAGAUGGUCUAUUUUGGUUAAUAAUUGUAGUUUUGAAGAAACUCUUGUGCCAGAUGGUGGUGAACUUCUUUGCUGUGAUUCCUGUGUGAAUGCAUACCAUACAUAUUGCUUGUCGCCACCCUUGUUCGAAGUACCUGAAGGAGAAUGGACUUGUCAGCGCUGUGCUUGUGAGCCUUUGCCAGGAAAAGUCCAAAAGAUCCUGUUCUGGAGAUUUGUUGACCCUCCAAAGCCGCCAGAGAAUUGGAAGGAGAUUGUUGGAGACAAAUGGGAAAAAUAUCAGUUCAAACAGUUGCGAGAGUUUUUGGUGAAGUGGGUUGACAUGUCCUACUGGCACUGCUCUUGGAUUUCUGAACUUAUGUUGGAUGUGCAUCAUCCUCAGAUGUUGCGCUCAUACUUCAAAAAGUUUGAUCCAGAUGAGCCACCUGUACCUGGUAUGGAUGAUGAUGAUGAAUUAGGUUCACAAAGACGUGGCAAAAACAUAGAUCCCAACUCCUUGGAAGAAAGAUAUUACAAAUAUGGAAUCAAGUCCACCUGGUUGAAAAUCCAUCGUGUGUUGAACCAUCGUUCUUUGCGGGAUGGAACCAUACAGUAUCUUGUGAAAUGGCGAGACUUACCCUAUGACCAAGCUACAUGGGAAGAUGAGGAUGAGGAGAUAAUUGGCUUAAAAACUGCAAUUGAGUUUUAUCAUGAUCUGAGAGCAGCAUGUAAUGCUGAUGCUGUUGGUAAGAAUAAGAAGGGGAAAAAGAAAGGCAAGGGAAGGGCCCGAGAAUUGGGUGAAGAAGAUCGUGAGCCCUCUUCACCCCGGCGAUACACUCCUCCUCCUGAUAAACCAGUAACAAACCUCAGUAAGAAGUGGGAGAAGCAGCCAGACUACUUGGAUAUGACUGGGCUCUCACUUCACGAGUAUCAGCUUGAGGGUGUGAAUUGGUUAAGAUAUUCUUGGGGUCAAGGAACAGACACCAUCUUGGCUGAUGAGAUGGGUCUUGGAAAGACAAUUCAGACAAUUGCAUUUUUGUAUUCACUGUACAAAGAAGGACACUCCAAAGGUCCCUUCCUUGUUGCUGUCCCACUCUCCACCAUCAUUAAUUGGGAAAGAGAGUUUGAGAUGUGGGCCCCAGACUUCUAUGUUGUUACAUAUGUAGGCGACAGAGAAUCACGAUCUAUGAUUCGUGAGCAUGAAUUGUCAUUUGAAGAAGGAGCAGUGCGAAGUGCAUCAAAAGCCACACGUAUCCGUACAACAAAUGUAAAGUUCAAUGUACUUCUAACCUCCUAUGAGAUGAUAUCUAUGGAUCAAGCUUGCUUAGGAUCAUUAGAGUGGGCCUGCUUGGUUGUAGAUGAAGCUCACAGAUUGAAGAGUAACCAGUCUAAGUUCUUCCGUGUGCUGAACCAGUACAACAUCGUUUAUCGUCUUCUUUUAACUGGAACCCCACUUCAAAACAACCUGGAGGAACUUUUCCAUUUACUCAACUUCUUGUGUCCUGAAAAAUUCUCUGAUCUAUCUUCCUUCCAAAAUGAGUUUGAAGAUAUUGCAAAAGAAGAUCAAAUUAAGAAACUGCACGAUUUACUUGGACCUCACAUGUUGAGAAGAUUGAAGACUGAUGUACUCAAGAACAUGCCAACCAAGUCAGAGUUCAUCAUUCGUGUGGAGUUAUCACCACUGCAGAAGAAAUACUACAAAUACAUUCUUACUCGUAAUUUUGAAGCCCUUAACUCAAGAGGAGGAGGCCAACAGGUUUCUUUGCUCAACAUUGUCAUGGAUCUGAAGAAGUGUUGCAACCAUCCAUACCUCUUCCCAGCAGCAGCAGAAGAGGCCCCUAAGCUGCCAAAUGGGAUGUAUAUAAGCAAAGACCUUGUGAAAGCCAGUGGCAAGUUCAUUCUCCUGGAGAGUAUGUUGGAGAAGCUCAAACGUGAUGGUCACCGUGUGUUGAUUUUCUCUCAGAUGACAAGGAUGUUGGAUGUUCUGGAAGACUUCUGUGAGGGCAUGGCCUACAAAUAUGAAAGAAUUGAUGGUGGCAUCACUGGUCAAGCUCGUCAAGAGGCCAUUGAUAGGUUCAAUGCUCCAGGUGCCCAGCAGUUUAUUUUCUUAUUGUCUACUCGUGCUGGUGGUUUAGGUAUCAACUUGGCCACUGCAGAUACUGUCAUCAUCUACGAUUCAGAUUGGAAUCCACAUAACGAUAUUCAAGCUUUCUCCAGAGCUCAUCGUAUUGGUCAGGCAAAUAAGGUGAUGAUUUACCGGUUUGUGACUCGUAACUCUGUGGAAGAAAGAGUCACACAGGUUGCCAAGAGAAAGAUGAUGUUGACUCACUUGGUUGUCCGUCCUGGAAUGGGAUCAAAAGCCACAAACUUCUCCAAACAAGAAUUGGAUGAUAUCUUGAGGUUUGGUACAGAAGAACUUUUCAAAGAAGAGGAAGGCAAAGAGGAUGAAGCUAUCCAUUAUGACAACCAGGCUAUUGAGGAACUCCUUGACCGUACAAAGGAGGGGAUUGAACAGAAGGAGAACUGGGCUAAUGAGUACCUCAGCUCUUUCAAGGUUGCUUCGUAUGUUACCAAAGAAGGGGAAGAGGAGGAAAUGGAGGAUGUUGAGGUUUUGAAGCAAGAAGCAGAUAAUACAGACUCCCUUUACUGGGAACGACUUUUGCGCCAUCACUUCGAGCAACAACAGGAAGAUCUGGCAAGAACACUUGGAAAGGGCAAACGAGUCAGGAAACAGGUGAACUACAACGAUGCAGCAGACGGUAGAGAAGAUCUUAGCUGGCAAGAACAAGGGUCAGACUACAACUCUGACUUCUCCAUGCCAUCAGACAAUGAUAAUGAUGAUGAAUUUGAUGAAAAGAAUGAAACUGAAGGAGGUCGUAGAUCCCGCCGUCGUGGUGACAGAGGUGACCGUGAUCGUCCGUUGCCACCACUUCUUGCCCGAGUUGGGGGAAAUAUUGAAGUUCUGGGAUUCAAUGCCAGACAGCGCAAGGCUUUCCUGAAUGCAGUUAUGCGUUAUGGAAUGCCCCCUCAAGAAGCCUUCAACUCUCAAUGGUUGGUACGAGACCUCCGAGGCAAGAGUGAGAAGUGCUUCAGAGCAUAUACAUCUCUCUUCAUGCGCCAUUUGUGUGAACCUGGUAAUGACAAUGCUGAAACAUUUGCUGAUGGAGUGCCUCGUGAAGGAUUAAGUAGACAACACGUUCUCACCAGAAUCGGAGUGAUGUCACUCAUUCGCAAAAAGAUUUCAGAAUUUGAGACAAUCAAUGGCCAUUACUCAAUGCCAGAAGCUCUAAAUAGGCCUGUUGAGCCAGCAGCAGCAGAUGGUGGCAAAAGCAAUGGAACGUCUGCUUCUGGCACACCAGCAACAAGUGUAACUCCGUCUCCAGCACCAUCUGUGAAAGGAGAAUCAGAAGACAAGGAAGAAGACAAAAAGGAAGAAGCUAAGAAAGAAGAAGACAAGAAGGCUGAAGAUAAAGAAAAGAAGGAUGAAAAGGAAACAGGAAAAAGAAGAAGAAAAGAGGAAGAGAAGGCAGAAAAGAAGGAGGAAGAGAAAACAGAAGGAGAAAAAGAAAAGAAGGAGGAACCUGCUGAAACACCUGAAGUGAAAGCAGAGGAAGAAGAAAAGAAAGAAACGGAACAAACUGAGAAGACUGAGAAGCCCGAAGAGGAGAAGAAGGAGGAACCAGAGAAGAUGGAAGUAGAAGAGACCAAGAAAGAAGAGGAGAAGAAAGAGGAAGUGAAAAUGGAAACUGAAGAAAAAGAACAGAAGGAAGAACAAAAGCCUGAAGAGAAGGAAGAGGCUGAGGUCAAGGCUGAAAAGGUUGAAAAGACUGAGGAGGAUAAGGAGACUGAAAAGAAGGAAGAAGUCAAGAAAGAGGAGGAGGAGAAGGAAGAUGAGAAAGACAAAGAGAAAGAAAAGGAGAAGGAAGGAGAUAAAGAUAAGGAAAAGGACAAAGAUAAGAAGGAGGAAGAUGAAAAGAAAGAUUCCAAGAAGAAGGAAGUGGAUUCCGUGGCGAAGAGAAAGUUCAUGUUCAAUAUUGCUGAUGGUGGGUUCACAGAGUUGCACACACUGUGGCAAAACGAGGAAAAGGCAGCUGUCCCUGGUCGCGAGUAUGAGAUCUGGCACCGCAGACAUGAUUAUUGGCUGCUUGCUGGAAUUGUUACCCAUGGGUAUGGAAGGUGGCAAGACAUCCAGAAUGAUGUCAGGUUUGCCAUCAUCAAUGAGCCAUUCAAGAUGGAUGUGGGCAAGGGUAAUUUCUUGGAAAUUAAAAACAAAUUCCUUGCCAGAAGGUUCAAGCUGUUAGAGCAAGCACUGGUCAUUGAGGAACAGCUGCGUCGUGCAGCAUUCCUUAACUUGCAACAGGAUCCUCAUCAUCCUGCGUGUACCUUGAAUGCUCGUUUCGCUGAAGUGGAAUGUCUGGCUGAAUCACACCAGCACCUCAGCAAGGAGUCCCUGGCUGGAAAUAAGCCAGCUAAUGCAGUCCUAAAUAAGGUGCUGAACCAGCUGGAAGAGCUGCUGUCAGACAUGAAAUCUGAUGUCACACGGUUACCUGCUUCUCUUGCCCGUAUUCCCCCUGUGGCCCAGCGUCUCCAAAUGUCUGAGCGUUCUAUCCUAUCUCGCCUGGCCUCAGGCGCGGGUAAUGUGGACAAAAGCGCUCAAGGAGCAGGUGAGGGUCAGAUUUCUACCACAUUCCCCGGUGGCUUCACCCCUACUGGUGCGCUGCCAACCCUGGGUAACGCCAACUUUGCUAACUUCCGGCCCCAAUAUUCACUACCGGGAGCUGCAACAGGACCAGGUGUGCCAUCUGUGCAGGUGAGCAGCCUCCAGAGCCUGGGUGCAAGCCUUCACAUGCUUGCGGCCUCCAACCCUCUCCUGGACCCACACUUGAGCAUGCAGCAGCCCCCAACCUCUCACAGUGGGGCAAUAUCUGCUGCCACUCGAGCAUCCCUUCUUCUUCACCAACAGCAACAGCAGCAACUCCAGCAGCAUUCAGGAGAUACAAAAAACCUGAUAUACUUGGAUUAGAACCAAACAUGGGAUCGAUGACUUGUACCACAACCAGAUUUUAUUUUUAUUUGAUUUAGAUUUUGUUUAAAUUAUUUAUUUUGACCCUCCACCUAGAAAUGUGCAGUCAGUUUAGUCAUUCCGAGAGAUUUAGGCAGACUUAUUUGAAUUUAUGUAAUCUCAUUGAUGUAUAAGAUACCUGUGGUAGAUUUCCUAAGUGAUCUCAAAGGUCUUUGUAUCCACAAGAUCUAGUUCUUACUUUAAAGGCUUAAUGUAAGAUUUUUAUGUAAUGUCAACUAAAUGGUAACAUAAAAUACCAUUAGAA